AAUAUACUACGGUUACUUCGGGUACAAACUUCAAGCCCGAGCGAACAAAUUUACUAUCGAGAGGUUUUUUGUUCGCUGAUUUUCUUAGUAUGCAAAAAGAAGUAUUUUACGGAGAACCAACAGCUGUGUUCCGACGCACAAAUAUGCUGGUUAACCUAGAGAUCGACGAAAAAAUACAUUUAAAAUCUUCUUCUUCUUUGAUAAAAGAAGAUUUGCCACCGUGGACAUUUUUCUUAAUAAGCGGACAGCAUAAAGAUCGUUGUUUGGACUCGAUGCAGUACUAUUGUUCAGGUUCCGAGACAGUUGAAGAUUGGCAGUUCCUGUGUGCAGCAGAAAAGGACGUUGUCGAUCAUUUUGCAAACGAAACGAUAAAUCAAUUACCAACACAAAAGCUAGAUGACAAUAAUGAUGUAAAAAACAAUUUAAAAGAAAAAAGGCUCAUGUGUAUGGAUGGGAAUUAUACACAAGCUGUAAGUAGACGCCCUGCAGACGACGUGGAAAUGUUUGAAGAUGAAAAUACUGGUGAAACUAUCGUCAAACUCUGGCAAUGCUUAUACCCUAUAGACAUAAAAUGCAAACUCUCAUCAGGAAUGGGGUUCAGCGAAGAGGCUGAUCAACCAGAAUUUGAAACAAAGUGUACAUCAGGUUAUGAAACUGGUGACAAAAUGUUAACAGAAAGAAAUCAUUUUGGAGAUACCAAUUCUCAACAAGGUAAUAACUGGGCAACUGUAAACAGUAUCGAAUCAAUGAACGAGUCGCAACCAUUUGCUUUCACCAAGUGUAAAAUGGAAACGGACGACCCAGCUACGAACGAUACAAAAUCUAACAAACCAUUUGAAGAAAUUCGCAGAUCGGUAACGGAUCCUUGUCUUAAGAAUACAAGUAUGAAAAGGGUGAAUUAUUCAUGUCCACUCUUGACUGACCAGUCAUAUAACUUUACAAUCAGAAAUGCAAAUGGACAGAGCUCUUGCUGUGAAAACACACAGGUGGCAGAACAAUCCUCGCAGUAUUUUUUUCCAAAUUCAAAUAGUACAGCCGAUUACGAUUAUUUGUAUGACACUUACCAUACUUCAGAAAAUAGUCAUGUGUAUAGGAAAGAAAACACAGGGUUUUAUUUUGCCUCUCGUGAUGACACUAACCCGCCAACAGGUACUUUGUUUCCGGGACAAUACAAUCAUACUUUGACUCAAGCAAAUAUGAUAAAUAACAGUAGCCAAACUUUUAAGAAUAUGCCUGAGCCAAUUUCAAGAUUGGAAGACGGAAAAUUUAAAACUCAAAUGCAAAGUUACGCCUCAAGCGAAGCACCACAAAACAAAGUACAAAACAAGAGUAAAUUUGAUGUUAAAGGAUCACCUGCACUUGUGUCUCACAAUGAACCCCAUUCCCUUGAAAAUGUGGGGUUUAAAGCAAAGAAAUUGAAGAGGGGGUGUCGUCUCUGGGAAUACAUCAGGAACCUCCUUCUAGAUCCAAGGACCAAUCCAUCACUUAUAAAAUGGGAAGAUCGUAAAGAAGGGACUUUCAAACUUGUCCAAAACAAGAAAAUUGCAUUCGAUUGGGGCUGGAAGAAGGGAAAUUCGGACAUGAGUUAUGAGAAGCUCAGCCGGGCUAUGAGAUAUUACUACAAGAAAAAAAUAUUUCAACCUGUAAUUGGCAAGCGGCUUGUUUACAAAUUUGGACCAAAUGCAACCGGGUGGAAAGAUGACAUUAAGCCAAGUUAAACUACGGCGAUACAAUCAAUAUUCCCAUGAAAAUGAUACCACGAGAAGAUGAUAUUAAACCUAGUUAAAUGCACUCAAGAAUAAACUUUCAUACGAAAAGUUGGUCGUUCGAAGAAAGGGAAAAAGGUGACAUAGAAAAAUGACAAAAAUUGCAUACAUAAUGAUAAAGAAACGACAAGAAGUAAAAUGGUAUUAGAAAAGAUUAUGAGAUAGAAUGAAAAACUUUAAAGUAAACAAUAUCUUAGUUUAAGCAAGAAUUUAUGAUUAAAUGAAAUAAAAUGACAACGAGUGUCAUUUGUUUACUUCCCUUGUGAUAAAUAUACAUCUUAUAUGAUAAAUAUACAUGUUGUAGCUUAACAGUUGUUAACUUUUACAAUCAUAUUUAACAGUCUUAAUAAUUGGCAAGAAAUAUUCACAUUUGCUCAAGGUUUAUUUAUUGUACUUGUCUACAGUUAAGUUUGUGUCAUAUAUUUCUAACAUUACUGUACAAAUGUGUGUAACAUUAUUCAAAGUUUAAGUGCUUUAAUAUAUUAUUAUGUUAAAUUUGUGAAUAAUUUAUUUUAAUAAAAAUGUGUACUAUA